CCAAGUUUGUAACAUCUCUUCCUAUUCUUAAGACCACUAAAAAAAAUAAAUAUUAUUUCAUAAAUAAAUAAGGUUGUAUAGAUAACUAUUUGCUGAAGAGUAAAGAUAAGAGUAAGACUUCGUUAAAAGAUCACGUGCUUAAGACUUAGUCCAUAUACUUCUGAUUUGGCCGGCCGAGUGAUGCGUUGGGAUCUUCUUGGUGUUUAUCAUUAGGCUUAUGGGAACUAUAAAUGACAUUUCUUUGUACUCUUUUUCCUUGAAUUUUUUCCAUCGAGUUUUGCUCUUGAAAGUUUUGUUAAUCCAAUACGGAAAUUACAACAGUUUGGCGCCGUACUUGCCGAGUAGCUGCGGCUUUCCUCCGCUGAAGCUCAACUGCACGCGUAAUAAUGAAACACUGAGAUUAUGGGGAAUCUGCUCAACUCAACCAAAUCGAUCAGUAAGCACUGAGGGAGUUUACUAUGGUUACCUCGAUUUGCUUCAGAAAUCUGUCACACAAAGAUUCCAACCCAACCAUACAACGGUGGUGGAUGCUGAGCCAACUUGCGGGGACUGCAGUGAAUUCAGCGGAGUUUGCGUUUACGACCGCAAUUCAACUCAAGUGUUCUGUGAUUGUUCUGCUAAUAAUCAAACAUCUGGAUCAACAUUGAAGCAUUAUUAUUGGAUCCUAGGUGUGUUAGUAGCAAUUUUUGGAGUUGCAGUAAUCUCAAUUCUGAUUAUAUAUUUUUCCAAAAGCAAGAGGGAACAGAUUGAUGUGGAGGAUUUUAUUACCCUUAAGCGGUAUACAUAUGCAAGUGUGAAGAGAAUGGCCAACUCAUUCGCAGAAAAAAUUGGUGAAGGAGGCUAUAGUAUUGUGUACAAAGGACAGUUAUCGAAUGGCUCAUCUGUGGCAGUAAAAGUACUAAAGGAGGCUAAAGGUAAUGGAGAAGAUUUCAUCAAUGAAGUUGCAAGUAUUGGAGCAAUUAUGCAUAACAAUGUAGUCAGACUUCUAGGAUUUUGUUAUGAAGGAAAUAAAAGGGCUUUGAUCUAUGAGUACAUGCCUAGGGGAUCAUUGAAUAAGUUUAUUUUUAAUACCAAAAUCAGUCGCCUGGAGUGGAAAAGGCUUUAUGAGAUUGCAAUCGGAAUUGCUCGAGGACUUAAAUACUUGCAUCAAGAUUGUGCUGCAACGAUUUUACAUUUUGACAUAAAACCUCACAACAUUCUUCUAGAUUCUGACUUUUGUCCUAAAAUUUCUGACUUUGGCCUUGCCAAGUUGUGCCAAGGGGAUGGGAGUAGUAGUAUAUCUCUAUUGGGUGCUAGAGGCACAGCUGGAUAUACAGCACCAGAAAUGUAUAACAGGAAUUUCGGUGAAGUGUCUUACAAAUCUGAUGUGUAUAGUUAUGGAAUGAUGGUUUUAGAAAUGGUGGGAGGAAGAAAGAAUAUUGACACGGGUGUUUCUCGAACAAGUGAAAUAUAUUAUCCAUAUUGGGCACAUAAGCAUAUUGAUGAUGAUGGUGGUGGUGAGCGCUUGAAAAAUAUCUGUGAAGAAAUGGUGGACGAGGAUAAUGAAAUGUUGGCGAGAAAGAUGAUUAAUGUGAGCUUAUGGUGCAUUCAAGCUAAGCCAUCCAAUCGUCCGUCGAUGUCUGAGGUGAUACAGAUGAUGGAAGGGAGUUUACAAUCUUUGCAGAUGCCACCAAAACCGACCUUGUCAUUGCAAAAUGAGUAGCAUUACUUUUUCUAUUUCUCACUUUCGCACAUUUUUCUUUGCUUUGAGAGCUCGUAGGCUUCUUAAUUAACAUUAUUAGUUAACUAAGCCUUUUUCUUUGCAUUGAGAGCUCGGAGGUGCAUGUUAAGAAGCAUGAGGUUCUAUCUCAAAAUCAAUUGUUGAUGAGUGGAGUAACCCACGCUCUUAUAAAUUAUUGUAAAUUGUUAAAUAUACCUACACACUUUCCAUGUGAGAUAUUUUCUUUGAGAAUUACA